CUGAACAAAAUGAAUUUCAUUACAAGACUUUCUGCUUUAUGUCUGAGGAAAACCAAGAUGCAGCACAGGCACCAAAGUAGUAGACGCCCAGCGGUUCCACUUGGAUCACGGAUUUUGACUGAUCCUUCUAAGGUCUUUGAGCAUAACAUGUGGGACCACAUGCAGUGGUCACAAGAAGAAGAGGAGAAUGCCAAGAAAAAAGCAGCAGAGAACUCAGUUGUGAAAGUUCAAUGGGAAGACCAAGAUAAAUAUGAGAGAGAAGCCAGUAAAUAUUGGAAUAAAUUUUACAAGACCCAUAAAAAUAACUUCUUCAAGGAUCGCAAUUGGCUAUUUCUGGAGUUUCCAGAAAUUCUCCCAGAAAAAAGGAGACAAGAAUUGAAAACAGAAGAAAGAUCUUCAGAACACACAAGAAUUAGUAGUACUAACAGUUUUUCACACAAAAGUGAAAUGUUUGAGGAAGGAGAAAAAUACUGGAAGAAAAAUGAUGAAAGUUGUUCUACUGCUGUACAAGGAUAUGUAUCUAAAAAAGAACAAGCAAAAACUCUUACUGACAAUCCUCAGGGUGAAAACUGCAGAGAAGAAUGUGACAGGCUAGAAUCCUUUCCUGGUAGUGAUGCCACUUACAGAAUAUUAGAGGUUGGUUGUGGAGCUGGAAACAGUGUCUUUCCUAUUUUGAAAACAAUCAAUACACCUGGAACCUUUCUCUACUGUUGUGAUUUUGCUUCAGGAGCAGUGGAGCUGGUAAAGUCACAUUCGUCCUACAAUUCAGCCUGGUGUUCUGCCUUUGUUCAUGAUGUGUGUGAUGAUGCUUUACCCUAUCCUUUUCCAGAUGAGAUCCUGGAUGUCAUUCUCCUUGUCUUUGUGCUCUCUACUAUUCAUCCUGACAGGAUGCAAAGGGUUGUAAAUAGGUUGGCUAAGCUGCUGAAACCUGGAGGAAUGUUGUUAUUUCGAGACUAUGGAAGAUACGAUACAGCUCAACUUCGUUUUAAAAGAGGUCAUUGCUUGUCAGAAAAUUUUUAUGUACGAGGAGAUGGAACCAGAGUAUAUUUCUUUACCAAAGAUGAGGUAUGGAACAUGUUCAGCUUGGCUGGAUUAACUGAAGUACAGAAUUUGGUUGAUCGGCGAUUACAAGUGAACAGGAAGAAACAAGUGAAAAUGCAGCGAGUUUGGAUACAAAGCAAGUUCCAGAAACCACUGCUAUCUCUGCAAAGUCCUGAAGAAACCACUGAAGGGCACCCUGACAGAUAA